CGAUGCCCAAGUACUGCCGGGCGCCGAACUGCUCCAACUCGGCCGGGCAGCGCCGGCCGGGCGCCGAGCGCCUCAGCUUCUAUAGGUUUCCCUUGCAUAACCCAGAACGACUCCAACAAUGGCUCUCUCAGAUGAACCAAGAGAAGUGGGUACCCACCAGAUACCAGCAUUUAUGCAGUGAGCACUUUGCUCCGUCGUGUUUCGAAUACAGGUGGGGGGUUCGCUAUCUAAAGCCUGAUGCUGUCCCCACCAUCUUUCAACUGUCUGAAAAACCCUUGAAAAGGGAGAAUCCUGCCAGGCCCCCAUGCGAAACACAGGCCAAGAAGCUAAUUGUUGAGAACAGCAUGGACAGGACCUCGCAGGGGCCACAAGCCGUGGCCGCCCACCCCACUCCGGACACACUGGAAGCUCUCGCCAUAGCUAUCGACCCGGGUCUGUCCUCGGCCCCGAUCUAUGUGGAAGCCCAGCCCUCUGUCUCGGAUCUGGACCUCCAUGCCCUCUCCUCCCCUCUGGUCGGGGCGGUGAACCUGAUGCCUCUCGUUCAGAUCGUGGAGCCGCUCAACGCUGUGGCGCUGGCCGUGGCCUCGCCCACGGAGGGCGUAGAGUCCAUCCCCAUCCAUCUCCCAGGCCAGCCGUUCCCUCCUGCCAUGGACCAGCGUGUGGAUUUCUCCGUUGAGGCCUCUCCGGACUCUUUCGUGGCGGACGUGCCCGAGCAGUUUGCCACAGAGAUCAUGGUCUCUUGUGAGGACGCUGCUGUGGUGGACCAGCCCGAGGGCACUUUCGCUGCUGAUCAGCCGCAUACCCUGGUGGCCACGGUGGACCCACAGGAGACUACGGACCAGGGCACCCUCUUCAUUGAGAAUGUGUCGAUCCAGCCCCUUCUGGAAACCGACCCCUCCACCGCAGCUGUCCUCAGCUCCCUGCAGGUGUCGACCACCCAGAUGGUGGCGUAUUUCGAGACCAUCCCCACCGCGCCGGUGGUGUCCUCCUGCGCCAUGGGGCCGCUGACGUCCAGUGCGUCGCCUCCCGAGACCGUGUUGUCCUCAGCCUUGACGGUGCCCAUUGUCUCCACGGUGCCCAUAGUGUCGAACUAUGCUGCCGGCUCCCUGGAUGAUGACGACUCCUCCUCCACCAUCGAGGUGGAGCUCUGUGCCGAAACCCUGGAGGAGCAGCUCGAGGAGCACCGCUACCACAAGAACGAGCUGACCACCCAGCAGCUGGUCAACCUGGUGAUGGGCCUGCAGAAGAAGGUCAAGGUGCUGCAGCAGCGACACCGGCGUCACUGCACCAAACUGGAAGCCAUGGAGGGCGUGGUGGAGCAGUUGAGGAAGGAGAGCCUCGUGUCGGAUGAGAAGCUCAAGCUGUUGGAGAUGGCGUGCCUGCAGUCCAGCGCGGUGAUGCCAGAAAGCGGCAGCACGGUUGCCAUCAUCUGCCAGGAGGAAGACCGGGCUCUAGUGUACGCCGUUCCCCAGCUCCCAGAGGAAGGGAAUGAGACAAUCAUCCACGUAGAAGAGCAGUAACCAAGAGACCCGUGCUCUAGAGCCCUCCGCUCCCUGCUUCACUGAGCUGCACGUUCAGGGAUCACCCAGGUCCUUCUCUCCCCAGCGACAGGAGCAGCGAUUCCCGCGAUGAUGCGGCAGCUGCGUAUUCAAUGGCCUCCAUGCUAUGGCACUUUAUUUGGGUGGGGAGUGGAGAGGUGGGUUUGUUUCGAGUUGGAAUGAUUGUUUAUAAAGGGUCUUCUCACGGGGGGAUCGAGUUACUGGCUUGUCCAUGUAUCCACCUCCCCAAGCAUCUGAGCUGCGGGGUCCUGCUGUCAGCGGGUUAAUAACCACCGAUUAAAAGCUGUAUUUACUCGGGUACUUGCUCUGCCUGCUGCGCAUAACUGGCUGCCUGCUUGAGUGACAACAAAAAUGAGCAGGGUGUGUAUAAGCCAAGCCAAGCCAACUCACCCCUUCCUAAGCUCCUGAAAACUCCUGUCAGCUUUGCUGCUGGCCCUGAGUUUUCUGCCUCUCUGGCACUGUUGGGGCAGUUAACCUAAUUGUUCAUCUGGGUCAUCCUGUGUAUAAGCCCUCCCCCGCUGAUGCCUUGGAAGCCUAGCACAAAUUUCUCCGCCUAUGCACAAGUAUCUGUGCGGAUGGGAAAUGGACCGAGCAGACUGAACCAGCAAAGCCGGGCUGGAAAUCUUGAGGAUAGCAGUGCUUGCCCGAGAUCUGGGCUGCAGAGGUCCUGGAGGGAUGUGUGACUGUGUAUCAGUUAACACUGACCAGCUGCGUUGUCACGCAAAACGCUGUCGUUACAAGGCUCACCGUCCAUCCCCGGGGUCCCAUGCAUCCUGGGUGUGCGCAGUUUGCCGUGAUAUUUAAACGGCUUGUUCUAGGCAGUAGUGCCAACCCCAAAUGUUCAAAACAUCACCAAAAAAUCAAGAGCUUGGCUUUAAAGUCAUGAGAUGAUGUAAACAUAAUGGCUUUGGUGUUCUUUUUAUUUGCUUUCUGCUUUUUGAGCCUUUAGGGUGCCAUGGGGUCACAUCUGGAAGCUUUCUCCACAGCCAGGAGGGCUAGAAACUUACUUUUUCUUUAAGAAUGAAGGCUGCAAUCAUCACAUCUCCAGGAGCUGGGGGUUUAAGGAAAACAAUAAUUAUCAUGAGACUCAUAACAAAAUCAUGAGAGUUGGCAACACUGUGUAGGAGGCUUGUAAUGCUGUAGGCUUAGCAGCUGGGGAGACGGGCAGGGCCAGUCACUUCAGGGAACAUGGACAUGUGCACUAGUUGAGGGAAGAGGUUUGGGGCUGCCAGGAGCUGGGGUCAUCAGAAAGCUUGCUAAAGGAUUUGGCAGAGGGGUUGGGCAUCUGGGAUUUUUUUUUUAUUUUUUUUUUUUUUUGGAGGGGUGUGUGGAAAGAUGGGGGUGUCUCCUGACUCCUGCUUUUUUCUGAGCCCAGUCCAUGAAUGUUUAGAGCCUGACCCAUGACUCCAAUGGGGGCUUUUGUGCUGGGUACCCUACCAUUGCAGCCAGCUCUUGUCUACAGCUUCCUGCUGUCGGGUUCCCUGUUUGGAAAACACUGCAAUUAAGCAAUUCUGCUGCUGUUGAGGAUGAUGGCAAAGCUCCCACCGACUUGAGUGGGUGCAGGAUUGGUCCCUGAAUUGCAAAGUUAUCAGUAGAGGAAAAAGCUUCAUUAGAUCUAAGGAUAACUCAUCCUUCAAAGGUUUUAAGCAAGGCUCCCAACCCACCAUCAUGUUGUCCCAUUGACAUUGGCUUUCCCUGACUAGCUUUUACUUGAUUCUUUCCUGAGGGUGUGAAUAAAUUCUCUUCCACUUUAUUUUUUUAUUUAAGUUUAUUUUUAAUACGAUUGGUUUGCAAAUGAAACAGCUGGAAUCAAAGGUUGACUGGCAGCGCCACGAUUGUAGAUCCUGUUGAAUGUGUUGAGGGGAGGGACGGGGACCUCAUCGUGUUUAAAUCUUGAUUUGUCUCUCCACUGGAGAGAUUGUGUUUGUACCUGGUUAAAAAAUGCUUUAAUAAAAAUGAAUGAUGAUGACAAAGAA